AUGGGCAAAGACAGCAAGUUAUCCUUGUUAGCACGCUUGAAGAGAGCAGUGAAGAACGUAAGGUUUCUUUUAGAUUUUAACAUGAGCCGGUGGCGUCUAGCAUCGGUGCUUGGCCACGCUUCUUCUUCGAGCAAACGAAUAAGCUUCAAUGAUCGACCGGGCUUGAGGGCAGUUUGUGAUGAUGAUACAAUAGAUUUUGAAGACUCUGUAGGGUCUUCAGUAGCCUCUUCAAGAACAGGGAUUCAGAGGACUAUAAGCUGUCCAUCCGAAGAUGAUGUUGAUAAGAGAGCAGAUAUGUUUAUUGCUAAUUUCUAUCAUCAACUUCAGAUAGAGAGACAAAUUUCACUAGAGCUUCAAUAUUGCCGGGGAAAUAGCUUCAAGUUAAUCUCUCCAUGA